AUGGCGGUAAUCUAUGAAUCUCAGGCCGCUUGUAGGAGCUACCUUAAUGCUCAAGCCUUGAAAAAUGCAACUCGCAGAUCCCCUGUUCUUGUGGCUCAACCCCCCCAAUUUUGGUCCCCUCCUGCUAAUGGUGUCGUAAAAAUUAAUGUGGAUGCUUCUUGGAAACCGGAGCUUCAUUUGGCAGGUAUUGGAGUGGUAUUACGUGAUUCUAGUGGAGCUUUUCCUGUUGGCCUUGCUUGCUCUGUUGAAGCAGAAUGUACCAUCGAAGCGGAGACUCUGGCUAUUAUGGAAGGGUGUAAUUUUGCCAUCCAACAAGGGCACACUAGAGUAGUCAUUGAAUCUGAUUCCAAGGAGGCCAUAUCUUGCCUAAAUCGUUCAAUCCCAAGAGGUAGGUGGCAGCUCUAUCCAAUCCUUCGUAGCAUCAGGAACUCUUGCUCUACCUUUCGGGAUUGUAACUGGUCAUGGGUCCCUAGGACCGUAAACUUGGCAGCAGAUCACUUAGCCAAGUUAGCUUUGUCGAGGAUGAGCCUUUCUAUUUGGGUCAACCGACCCCCAUCCUCUUUGAUUGGAAUCUUGGACAAAGAUGGUCUUCCUUGCCCCCCAAUUCACAGCACUUGA